AUGUAUCUUGGAUGGACAAAUGAUCUCCCAGCCGUGGUUUUCUGCGAGAGACCACGCAACAUAACCUCAUAUGUAGACUUCCCACAAUUCAUCCCACCAGAAUCGGACCUCACUGAAACAUCAUUUUUUCCAUUUGCAAAAGAAUUCAUGUAUUUUGAACCUGGUAUGUCUUUGACAAUGGAUUGUUUCAAGAAAGAAAAAUGGCUGCAAACAACUCCCACAGACCCAAACGAAGUACAAGAAUGGCAAAUAUUGAAAAAAGCAUGUAAUACAAUGCGCACCAACGUCACACGCUUCAAUAAUCUGCGUUAUACAUGCACAGAUAUAAUGAGGAAAUGUUACUGGAAGAACGUAGAGUUUAAUUGUUGUUCUCACUUUCAACCAAUGCAAACGAUUUAUGGCCGGUGCUACGCUAUCAAUUCCAUGACCACCAAAAGCACACCGUUUGUUUUGACAGCGAAAUCUUCUGAAAUGUUAACGUUGAGCGUCCAUUUUAAAGUCGACAGUGAAUGGAUUCACACUUUUGUCAUCAGUCGUGAAGAAAACAUAGCGUACAGCCAAUCAAAAGUGUUUGAAACUCCGUUUAUAGGCUCAUUUCAAACCGGAGAUGUUUACAUCAAGUUCAAGAAUACUAUCAAUGAUAAAAACAUGCGUAGUAUCCCGCUGAACAUCCGCAAAUGCCGAUUUCCAGAGGAAAACAUACUGCGCAUGUCUCGUGUAUACAGCUACACCGCAUGUAUUGUUGAAAACAUGGCUCGACUGCAGUUAGAAAUAUGCAACUGCACACAAUACUUUUUACCAGCACGCGCAGAUGCUGCUAAGUUCUGCUCCAACCUAGAUCAAAUCCAUUGCCUUGUUAAAAACAACCGAGAAAUACUAAUCGGAGCUGCAAACAGUAACUGCAUGAUUUCUUGCGUGGAAAAUGUGAUUACCUACGUUGGUAAAUCAACAUCUAAUUCAUCUGCUGAACUGGAUUCAAACGAAUACGAAACAAUUCUUAAUUUUCAUUUCUACCCGUCAAAGAUGCGAUAUUAUCGACGUGUGAUGCGUGAUUUGGUCGAUUUGAUCGUUAAUGUUGGUGGCAUUGGAUCACUGUUUUUCGGCGCUAGUAUCAUUACAAUCAUCGAAGUUAUUUACUACAUGUGCAUUAAUCCUUGGAUUAGACAAAAUAUGCAAGUAGAAGUCGAAGAAAACUCAAAUACGACCCAACUUGAUGAUAUUCAGUCAACUACAGUUUCCUACAGUGAUAUUUUAGCGAAAAUUCGACGUAGAAAUGUUGUAGUUCCCUAUGUGAAUUGA